CGGUCCCAGCAAGGGCCUCAGACCUCGGCUUUGGGUGAAAGAAAAUGGCCCAAACCAAGCAGACUGCUCGGAAGUCCACGGGUGGCAAAGCCUCCCCCUCCCCACCCCGCAAACAGCUGGCCACCAAGGCAGCCAGGAAAAGCGCGCCCUCUACCGGCGGGGUGAAGAAACCUCACCACUACAGGCCCGGGACCGUGGCUCUAAGAGAGAUCCGUCCUUACCAGAAGUCGACUGAGCUGCUCAUCCCGAAGCUGCCUUUCCAGAGGUUGGUGAGGGAGAUCGCCCAGGACUUCAAAACCGACUUGAGGUUUCAGAGUGCAGCCAUUGGUGCCCUUCAGGAGGCCAGUGAAGCGUACCUGAUGGGGUUAUUUGAAGAUACCAAUCUGUGCGCCAUCCACGCCAAGAGAGUCACCAUCAUGCCCAAAGAUAUCCAGUUGGCCCGCCGGAUACGGGGGGAGAGAGCUUAAGUCAAGGCGGUUUUUUAUGGCAUUUUGUAGUAAAUUCUGUAAAAUACUUUGGUUUAACUUGUGACUUUUUUUUGUAAGAAAUUGUUUAUAAUAUGUCGCAUUUGUACUUAAGUCAUUCCAUCUUUCACUCAGGAUGAAUGGGAAGAGUGACUGUUCAGACCUCAGUGAUGAGCACUGUGGCUCAGGAGUGACAAGUUGCUAAUAUGCAGAAGGGUUGGGUGAUACUACUUGCUUCUCAUGAUGCAUGUUUCUGUAUGUUAAUGACUUGUUGGGUAGCUAUUAAGGUACUAGAAUUGAUAAAUGUACAGGGUCCUUUUGCAAUAAAACUGGUUAUGACUUGA